CUCUCUUUCAAUCAGCCAGUCUGAAAACUUCCUACUUCCGACUACAUCCAUCACACAAGAAUUCCCGCGUCAACCUACCUCCUUUUCAGCUUCCAGCAUGCCUUUCGGUUGGGGAGAAUCCGAGCGUUCUUACGACCAGGUCUACAACAACGGCCAGUUCGAGGAGAACAAAUCUAGCCUCGGCCACGAAAUCAUAGCCGGCGGCGCGGCUUUUGCUGGCUUCAAGGCCUUUGAGGAUCACCAGCGUAAAGAGGGGAAGCCUGUGUCUCAUGCCUUCGCAAAGGAGCUGGUCGCUGGAUUCGCUGCUGCUGAGGUAGACAAGUUGGCCGAGACGAAGGGAGAAGAUUGGUUUGAUAAAGAGAAGGCUAAACGCCAAGCAAAGCAGAACGCCGAGCAGAUGUACAACGACCACUAUGUCCAGGACCAGGGCGCUGACCAAUAUGAUCCGAAUCAUUACGGACGACACGAGAGGUUUGAGCAAAGGGGAUGGAAUUAAGGAUGAAAGUUACGAGAGAUCAUUAGUAGCAUUAAGCGACGGCUAGAUACUUAAAUACAAUAGUUGCCUUGCU